AUGAACCCGUGCACCGCAGCCAGCGUGGUAAGCGGCGCCCUUCGUGUUGGGGAUCUUCUGCCGUUAUAUGGCCAGCAGCAGAGGCUCUUCUCUGGGAGCUUGGUUGCGAGGCCACGGCAGGAGAUAUAUACCACGGUCAUGGGAAUCAAGGGUCUGAACCGUAUCAUCCAGGACAAUGUGCCCCAGGCAAUUCGUUCCAGGGAGAUGAGGCAGUUUUUUGGACGCAAGGUUGCCAUUGACGCGUCGAUGUCGUUGUACCAGUUUCUGAUAGCUGUGCGGCAGCAAGACGGUGUGCAGCUUGCGUCUGCCGAUGGAGAGACGACGUCGCAUCUGAUGGGGGUGUUCUAUCGAACACUGCGGAUGGUUGACAAUGGGCUUAAGCCGUGCUAUGUGUUUGAUGGGCGGCCGCCUGAGUUGAAGUCGCAUGAGCUGGAUAAGCGGUCGGAACGGCGCAAGGAGACGGAGCGCAAGCUGGAGGAGUUGACCGAGCAGGCGGAGAUUCUCAAGCACGAGCGACGGUUAGUCAAGGUGGAGAAAUGGCAUAACGAGGAGGCGAAGAAGUUGUUGGGGUUGAUGGGGAUUCCGUAUGUGGAUGCUCCGUCUGAGGCCGAAGCUCAGUGUGCGGAGUUGGCCAAGAAGGGUAAGGUGUUUGCGGCGGCGAGCGAGGAUAUGGAUACGCUGUGCUACCGUACUCCGUAUCUGUUGCGGCACCUGACGUUUAGUGAGGCGAGAAAGGAGCCGAUCCAUGAGAUUGACACGGAGCUGGUGCUUCAAGGCCUCGAUUUGACGUUGGAACAGUUUGUCGAUCUGGGGAUUAUGCUGGGUUGUGACUACUGCGAAAGUAUUAAAGGCAUUGGCCCAGUUACCGCGCUGAAGCUUAUUAAGGAGCAUGGGUCCUUGGAGAAAAUCAUAGAGUACAUUGAAUCCGGAGCAGCCAAUGCCAAAUGGAAGGUGCCUGAGAAUUGGGCAUAUCAGGAUGCCCGGGAGCUUUUUUUGACACCAGACGUGGUGGACGCAGAUGAGCUCACCUUGAAAUGGGAAGACCCCAAGGAGGACGAAUUGAUAGAAUAUAUGUGCAAGGAAAAGGGGUUCAAUGAAGAUAGAAUCCGUUCAGGAAUACAAAAGUUACGUAAGGGCUUGAAAUCAGGUGUUCAAGGGAGGUUAGAUUCUUUCUUUAAAGUGAAACCCAAAAGCAAGGAAGAGCUGGCCCGGGCAUCAGCGAAAAGGGCCAAAGAUUCAUCAAAAAAGACAAAAACCUCCGAAAGGAAAGGGAAAAUAACUAAGAGAAGAUAA